GGCGGGGCGGCGAUGAAUGGAGCGGGCUCGCCAGCCCGGCCGGCGGCGCAAUGAUCGCGGUGUCUAUCCCCGCGGUGGGGCCGGGGGCCGAGCCCGAGCCGAGCCCGGAGAAGACGCACACGCCCUAAGCCUGAGGAGUCUGCACUGGCCUAUGGGCUCCCUGCCUUCCCCAGGAGAGCAGGCUGCUGAAGAAGCCCCAUGUGGUGCCAGCCAAUAUACUCAAUAUUAUCCCAACCGGCUGAUUCGACAGCCCCUCCCCAGCUCUGACCCCAGCCAGUGGCUGUCUGUCUGCACAGCUGUUAAACAUUCCCCCCUUCACUUCCUGCAGCUAGGGAAGGUGUUUACGGUGGAGGUCCUGUGCAAUGGCCGGAAACAUAUCCUUGAGAAGCGCUACAGCGAGUUCCAUGCCCUGCAUAAAAGGAUAAAGAAGAUGUGCAAGGUCCCAGAUUUCCCCCCCAAGCGAGUCCCCAACUGGAUGUCGAAGGUGCAGGAGCAGCGGCGGCAGGGCCUGGAGGUUUACAUUCAGGGUGUCCUGUACUACAACAAGGAGCUGCCUAAGGAACUGCUGGACUUCCUGAAGCUCAGGCACUUUCAGCAGGAUGCCAAGGCCAGCAGCCUGGACCACGGCUUCCUGCUCUCCCACCGGCCGGUUAUGAUCUUCCACAAAGAUCCCUAUGUGCUCCCCUCCCCCACAGCAAAACUGCCCCUUGGCAGCGAACUUGGCCAGUGCCUGAGACUUAAACCCUACAACUGCUCCCUGCACAGUGGCUGUUCAGAGUGUUACUGGGAGCAGAGCAGGACCCACCUGCUUUCCCAAAAGGCACAUUUCACAAAACCAAGAAGAACAAAGGUCUCAAUGGGGCCUGAACUCUUUCCCCUCUUGUGCAGUCCAGCUGCUGCAGCCUGGCAGGAACGUCUUCAGGAGAAAAGAGAUUUUUCUAACCACCCAAAGCCCUAGAAGGCUGGGAAGAAGGCAAAGGCCCUGCUGAGAAGAUGUAAAAACAAAGUUUGCUGCCUACAGCUGCACUGUCCAGAACAAUGGCCUGGGGCUGUUGAGGUUUUAAGGGGAAGUUUUUGCCAAAUUUUGCAGUGGGGUCUAUUCUGCUGCCCUAAUUCCCCCCGCCCCCCACAUUGUUUCAGAAGUAUGCAGUACUCUUAUUUCCUGCCAGCAGUGCUGCAGGCUGCUGUUAGACAUGCUCUACUUGGGUGUGAAGUGCUUUUGCAUAUAGGGAUGGGGCCAACAUGUGUCCUGGGGGUACCAUACAGCCUAGAACUGGCUCAGCUUGUAAAGGGCUUCUUGGAGCCCUUGAGCCCAGCUGGGCCAGUGGGGCGGAUGGAAUAGGUUAGCUGCAGUUCAUUCGGCCGUCUCUCCCUUCCAAGAAGAUCUGACCAGACAGGGCUGCAGGGCAUCAGCAAGGCUGGAAACCGGAACAGUGGGCAGCUGUUGGGCUGUCACCUGAUUCUAAAUCUUAAUGUAAGAGGGUGUGGAGCUGAAUCUGGUAUCUAGUCCCCCUUUAACUCCUGCAGGCUAGAUCGCUGCAGUGGGACUGGAACCCUGCAGGACCUGCUGCUGUAAUAGCAGGAAUGAGAUUUAAAAAAAAAUCCCCUGCAGAGCUCUGCUCCCAGAGUCUGGUCUAGUUCCAGUCUUCCUGCU